CUCAGUCCUUCAAAUAGGUCAUGACAAAAUAACCUUUGAGUGGUUUCUGAAAACAGCCUCUUGUGGUCGAAGAAAUAGCUGCUUUGUAGCUUUUCAAUUUUUAUUUCAGACUUUUUGAAUAAAAAUAAAAAUGCCUGGUUGUGCGAAUACCUAUUUCAAAAAAUAGAUAUUAAGGUUGACUUACGUAAAGAGUCUAUUGCAUGUAUAGAUACUUUGGGGUUACUGUGUUUUACGUUUCCUUUAAAAGCAAAGAGUAAGUAAAAGAUGUGCUAUUUCCUCCAAAAUCAUUUUAUCUUUAACAGCAUAUACAAUAAAAUCUCAGCUGCUGUAAAAUCAUCAAAAUACGUAUAUUUUACAAUGACACAUGUAUCUGGAACGUGGCACGGGCGCUUUCCAGUUUAAAAAGAUUCCAUGCAGAGGAACAGAAAAUCUGGAAAAGCCUAAUGAGAAGGGACAGCGCGGUUUGACACAGUCUGACAGGAGGAUAGCUCUGUCCCGAGAUUAGAGGAUUGAGCGAAAAGCUGGCGUGCAGAAUUGCAGGUUUUUAUAUAAUAGCUUUAGCAAAUAUCCUUUAGGACCCAGUGGAAGUGUUUGGGGAGGUGAACUUGGUGGGUAAUGGCCAAUCGUUCAGCCGCGGUGAGGGAAAAGCUUUUUGCGAGGAGCCCCUGAAAGCCUGUCGAAAACAUCACGUCAGGAAAGCGACGUUUCCAGCGCCGAUCCCCGACGAGCUCGCAGCGCCAGAAUUCGGGUUAAUUCAAUGUUUAAACCCGGGGGGAUUUGUGCUACCGGAGGUCACUGGCGUGCGGGGUGCCCGAGUCCUGUCUGCAGCAAGAUGCCUUAUUUUGCAAAACUCCUUUUAUUGAUCUUUUGCUUGGUUCUUCUUGUGGAAAGCAGAAAGCACCGGAGGAGGAGGUGGACGAGCCAGGCAGAGAUGCAGAGGGCAAGUCGCAUCUAUAACAAGAACAAUGACGUGACCAAAACUUGGAAAGGAAGGACGGAGCAGCUUCUCAGGGUUGAUGACCAUGACUUCACCAUGCGACCGGCUUUUGGAGGCCCUGCAAUUCCUGUUGGGGUGGAUGUGCAAGUUGAAAGCUUGGACAGUAUUUCUGAGGUUGACAUGGAUUUCACUAUGACUCUGUACUUAAGGCACUACUGGAAGGAUGAGCGUCUCUCAUUUCCCAGCACCACCAACAAGAGCAUGACCUUUGAUGGCAGGCUGGUGAAGAAGAUCUGGGUUCCUGACGUCUUCUUUGUGCACUCCAAGAGGUCCUUCAUUCACGACACCACUACAGACAACAUCAUGCUGCGAGUGUUCCCCGAUGGUCAUGUCCUCUACAGCAUGAGGAUCACAGUGACAGCAAUGUGUAACAUGGACUUCAGCCGCUUCCCCCUGGACUCUCAAACAUGUUCUCUGGAGCUGGAAAGCUAUGCUUACACUGAUGAAGACCUGAUGCUGUACUGGAAAAAUGGGAAUGAAUCUCUGAAAACUGAUGAAAAAAUUUCAUUGUCUCAGUUUUUGAUACAGAAGUUCCACACUACAUCAAGACUGGCUUUCUACAGUAGCACAGGUUGGUACAAUCGCCUCUACAUAAACUUCACUUUACGCCGACACAUCUUCUUCUUCUUGCUCCAAACCUACUUCCCUGCCACCCUCAUGGUCAUGUUGUCCUGGGUGUCCUUCUGGAUCGAUCGCCGAGCAGUUCCUGCCAGAGUCUCUUUGGGGAUAACCACUGUGCUGACCAUGUCCACCAUCAUCACUGGGGUGAACGCCUCCAUGCCGCGUGUUUCCUACAUCAAAGCAGUGGACAUUUACCUGUGGGUCAGUUUUGUGUUCGUCUUCCUCUCGGUGUUGGAAUAUGCGGCAGUGAAUUACCUGACUACGGUGCAAGAGCGGAAGGAGAGGAAACUGCGGGAGAGGUUUCCAUGCACGUGUGGAAUACCUCAUUCGAAAACUAUGAUGCUGGAUGGAAACUACAGUGAAUCUGAUGCCAACAGCCUGGCAGGAUAUACAAGAAACCAGAUGGUCCUAGAGGAAGAAAAACAAGAAAAGAUGGUUGUGCACUUGGCUAUGAGCAAUGAAUCUAAUUCAUCAAGGAAGAGAGGCCUGAAGGGCCAUGUGGGCUUGCGCAUCAUCCAGAACACUCAUGCAAUUGAUAAAUACUCAAGAUUAAUAUUUCCUGGCACCUAUAUAUUUUUUAAUUUGAUAUACUGGUCUGUGUUUAGCUAAGCAUGCUGGCACAGCAGUGACUGAAGCAGAAGACAUUUACAAAUCUCUCUUUUGUUGGUUCUUUUUCAGUCUAAUCUGGAUGCAAAGCCAGAAAACUGAUUAUUUUAUUGCUCCUUCGGAGGGCAAAGGGGAGGACACAUCCUCCAGUGGGCAAUUCCAUGCACAGGCAUCAUGGAGGAACCUGCUCUGCUGGUUGCUUUCCAACCCACACCCCAGCUCCUGUUUGCUUUAUGACACAUGUCAUUUCUCAUACUUGAAAAUAUGUGCUCACCAUUUGCCCAAAAGGUGCUGUAUGUUCCUGUGGGACCAGCAACGCUGGUGGUGCCUGCUGUUCAAUGGACAACCAGAGACAUAGGCUGUCCUGAAGGAUCAGACAAAUGCAGCUUGCAAAAUGGGGUCUGGACCGUGCAUCUUGUGCAAGGGAAUUGAAUGAGGCCUUUCCUUUUCAAAAUCUCUCUUUCUGAGCAAAUCCUUUUAUUUUUUUUUCUUGGGUGUAUGAGCAUCAUAUUUCUUUCCAUUGGUUUAUGAACAAGAUUUCCUUUUAGGGUUCAAAGGCUGCUCUCUCUGGACAGGACCUUCACCAAUACCAGCAGGACAGUUGACUGGCCAGGACUAAUAGGGUUGGUUACAGAGUGCAGGCGAUAUGUUUGAGUCAGUGGUCAUUUUUUUCCAGAUUAGAAGUAAGGAAUGGUGAUGAAGCAGAGCAAAGAAGCUCACAGACUGACAGCAGAUGGCUCCCAGGGUACACGAGGAAUGAAAACAGGGAGGUUUAGGCAUGUGUUCUCCACAUAACUUGAGCAGAGAAUAUGAUACAUACCACCUGCCCUCUGAAAUGAGAGGGAAAGACAGCGUGUAGCAAGUACGGUCAGCACAUGGUGAAUGAGCAUCAUCUCUGGGACCAUCACUUUCUCUCUCCAGGAGCAGAAAAUGGUGCUGAGGGCAGCACUGGUGGCUUUCAAAGAUUUUCCUCACUCCUGUGAGGCAAGUGCAGCCCACAGAGAAACUAAAUUUCUCAAUAUGCCUCUCUCAAUCAACACAUUGUCCUUCUUUUCAGGCAUUUUGGAUCUAGAGGCAGAGAUCCUUGCCAGGUCUUCUCUCUGCAGAAACAUGGACCUGUCAGAGAUUAAAUGGCCAAGAAUAAUACUGUAGGAUUCAAUGAGACCCCAGCUGGCUCUUGGCUCCUUAAAGCUGCUGGAGAGCAUUGUAACAAGCUUCUGUGCUUGGCAUUUCAUUUUUCAUUCCACGAUAUCUCCCUUCCUUUGAUAACAAUGCUGACAGCAAAACUCAAAUAUAGAAAUGUGGUAGCAGGGAGACAACAAUGGCCAGGUUUGUGCACUGUGUUGUUAGAAAACACUGUCACUUUGGGACUGUGGAGGGGAUUAUGUUCAUCAAAACAUUUGGUUACCACACUGAAACUCAGCAGGGUGGACAGAGCCUGAAACAUGAAGACCCACAACUGAGGUUACAAGCUGACUCAAUUAUAAGACUAAGUUAUACAUCUGACUAGGGUUGGGCCAUGAAGAUUCAGAUAAACCACAUGAAUAAAGGAAAAGCAAACACAAAUACUAAUAAAACUGUAAACAUUCGUUGUUGUGUGAAAUUUUCGGCUUACCAUAGAAGUCAUUCUUAUAUCUAAAAUCUCAAGGGAUGUAGAAGAUGGCAGGGGACUGUCAAUUCCAGCCUGCCAACAAUUCCCAGAGUUUUUCUCACGUCUCAGAUAUUGCUGAGUUACACUGAUGGUCACAUUGAUUUUCUGGAAAGAAAAUUGGUGAAACUGAAAUUAAUUACUGUGUUCCCCUUUCAUCAGCUGUGUUAAAAGCUGACAUUAAUGGAGUUCUGUGUGGUCAUACAACUGAGAAAAUACAGCCCUGAACUUACUGAUGAGAAGGAGAGCCAUGGAAGAACAGCGUUUGAAACGAAGGGUUGCCCUGUGUUCCAGCCUGUCACUUCUUUCCUGAGCUACCCAGUCAGUGCAUUUACCACACAUGGUUCUUGUUGGAGCUGAAACCUGGAUACAUCACACAUCUACAGGUGGAGAUCACUAAAAUAAAGAGCAAAAAAAAUAUUAAAGAGAUAUCCCACUCAUCUUUUGAGAGGUUAAAGCCUGAACGUAACAGUGUCCAUUCUUCAGCAUUAGCAGUUGUGAGUGCAAGACGGGAGCCAGCACUGUGGCUGGCAGCAGGACAGCGCAGCCACGGGACUUUUGCUGGGGCAGGGGUGAGGGAGCAAGAAAUUUGGUUCCCGUGCCCCCCAUUUUGCCAGUCUUUCUGUGGUACCUGUGGCACGUGCCAUUUAACCUCUCAGUGCCUCGUGUCCUUCCAUCUGGAAAGUGGGGAGCAAUAACAUUUACCUACCUCGUGAGGUUCUGAGGGGCUUAACUUGUUUAACUGGCAUGUGUGUGGGGCAUGGUUAUGAUUUCUGAGCUGGUCACACAGUGGGAAUCCAAAACUUUUGUCUUAGAUACCGGUGAGUUCUUCAAAUGUGUCCUCUGAAUCAGUCCAGCUGGAAGAAAGUGGGUAGUUCCCCCGCCUCAUAAUGAUAUUAAGCCAGAUAAUACUCCCGCAUUAUGAUAUUAAACCAGCUAUAAAUGUAGCCAAACAGCCAAAAAGUGAACAUUGUCAAUAAAUAAUGCCUCCUGGCACAGAAAAAAUGAACAUGCCCUAGUGCUUUACUUUGCCAUUUGUUUUUAUUACCUCUCCUGUUCAUUAGAAGUUAUCAGGCAACAGAGACAGUCCUUUAGAUCCUAUUGUCUUUGUACUAGUGAUGCCAGUAGUUUAAAUGCUAGCUAAUAAACAUGUUUUGGAGAGUC